ACCUGAACCAAAGUGGUAUCGUCCAUUCAUGAAUUCAACAUGGAGGCGCUGGUGCUGUACAAAACAAUUUUGUGAAAUGUUGAAUCGGCUCCAGGGGAGGCGGUAAAAUCAUUGAGAGACUAAUGUAUUUAAUUCAUGAACGGAGCUUCAGUAAAACCGAGCCUGUCGACCAGGCCUAAUUUAAACUUCCGCUAACAGGAAACGGUUUGCGCGUGUGUAAGAGCAGCUGGUGUUGACCGUACUAGUCUGACAAGUUGACGAUUUAAAUGUGAGCUCUGUGUGUGUGCGUGUGGCAGCAAGACACACAUGGACCCGGGACAAAUCACCGGGGUGUACGCAGAGAUCAGCGGCCUCCCUGCCCCUGUUUCUGCCCAUGUGAGCGGGGAGCAGCUCCCAGAGCUCCGGAUCUACACUGUGGCUGCAGAGUGGAGUCAGAGCGACUUGGUCCGAGGCUGCAGACGUCGCUACUCACAGCAGUGGACUCUGAUCACAGACAACAGCAGCCCCAAGACCAUCAAGACCGUCCUCCCACCAGGACCCUGUGUACCUGUGUCUGGAGAGUUACUGAGUGGACUGUCUCCCGUCCAAGGCCUGAGGGCCGUUGUCAGGGAAACAGGCGGCCAGCAGUUUCUUGAGAUAUGGGACUGCCACGGCCUCAGAAAAUGCCUCAACCUGACUGCUCUCAACAAACACGGCAGAGUGUACGAUGACACUCAGUUUGGCUGUCUGUCGUGGUCGGAUUGUGAGAACAAACUGUUGUAUGUAGCUGAGAAGAAGAACACGUUAUUAGAUCCACAUGAUGGCGAGUCUGCAAGCGGGAAGGACAGGAGUGUGUACUGCGAGGACUGGGGGGAGGCUCUGAGCAAUAAGAGCCUUCCGGUGAUUUGUGUGGUGAAUCUGCAGAGUGGCUGCGUCAGCGUUCUGCAGGGCGUCCCCCCUGACGUCUCACCUGGACAGGCUCUGUGGGCUCCCAGCGGUCAGUCUGUGUUUUUUGUCGGCUGGUAUCACGAACCCUUCAGACUCGGACUGAAGUUCUGCUCCAACCGCAGGUCGGCGUUAUUCAAGCUGGACCUGGAUGGAAACUGUGAGUGCCUGUCUGGGGCUAACCUGUCAGUGUCCUGUCCCAGGCUGAGUCCAGAUGGGUCCACACUGAUUCACCUGCAGGGUCAAGUGUUUGGUCCUCACAACCAGUGCCUCAGUCUGCAGCAGUUGGACCUGAAGAGCAGGAAGACAUCCACACUGUUGGAUGUUGUUAGCAGACCACAGCCUGGUGAGUUUGCAGGUGUGUAUGAAGCUUUGGCACCGUGCUGCUGGUCAGCAGACAGUGAGAGAGUGGUGUUCAGCAGCGCUUGCCGAAACUGGAAGGAUCUUUUCGUGGUCAACAGAAGAUCAAACAAAGUUACUUUCCUCUCCGAUAACCCUUUUCCUGAUCCUCCUCUCUUCCCUCCUCCCCAACCUCUUCAUCUUCAUCAUCAGGAGCAAAAAAGAGAACAUGAAGAUCUGUCUGAUCUCCCUAAACUUUAUGGCAGCUGGAAGCUGCUGACGGUCCAGAAGGACCUGAUUGUCAUCUGCUGCUCCAGCCCCAACACACCUCCCACUCUGAGGGUGGGGUUUCUUCCCCCAGCAGGUGAGGCUGUGGCCUGGCAAACCCUGCAGCAGCCCCUUGUGACCUUUGACUUUAACUGGACAGUUCUAGAUGUUACACCUCAGCCAGACGAGGACAACACACACUACUCUGGUUUAGACUUUGGGGCUGUCCUGGUGAAACCCUCUCGUCCCUUCCAUGAAGCCAAGAUACCUCUCGUUGUCUUCAUCCAUGGUGGCCCUCACUCACAGUUUCCAGCGGAGUGGAACAGCACCACAGCUGGACUGGUUAAACUGGGCUACGCUGUGCUCAUGGUUAACUACAGAGGAUCCACAGGGUUCGGCCAGGACAGCAUUUUGUCCCUGAUCGGUCAGAUCGGAAGCCAGGAUGUGAAAGAUGUGCAGAGGGCCGUGCUUACUGCCCUGCGGACAGAUCUCACCCUUGACCCCAAACGCUUGGCUGUGAUUGGUGGUUCUCACGGGGGGUUCCUGUCUUGUCAUCUGGUUGGUCAGUAUCCAGAGUUCUACAGAGCGUGUGCUGUCAGGAACCCUGUCAUUAACACUGCAACUUUGUUGGGCACCAGUGACAUAGUAGACUGGCGUUACACCAGUGUGGGGUUUCAGUACUCGUAUGACCAGAUUCCCACUGCUGAAGCCCUGACUGCUAUGUUGGAGAAGUCACCCAUCGCACAUGCUGCUCAGAUCAGGACUCCCGUGCUGCUGAUGCUGGGGGGCAGAGACAGGCGAGUGUCUCCUCACCAAGGUCUGGAGCUCUACAAAGCACUGAAGAGCAGAGCUUUACCUGUCAGGUACAACAGAGCACAACAGAGGUUUUUAGUUCUGUUCAAGAAUAUCCUGUUAUGUUACCCCAAACCUGUAUGUCAUCAAGACCCAUUAUUCCGUUUGUCCAUGCAGAUUGUUAUGGUUUCCAGAAGACGGACAUUCUCUGUCCAGAGUAGACACACAGGCCGACUGCUUCGUCAACAUAGUGCUGUGGCUGCAGCAGCAUCUCUGAGAACACACACACACACACACACACUCUGUGAAAUGUUGCUGAAUGAGAUCUGCUGCUGCUGAACACCACAUAAAAAGGAUAAAGUUGUGUAUUGUCUCAGCAGUUGACAACCUUGAACACACCACUGCCUUUUUAGCGAUAUAAACACAUUCUGUAUUUUACAGUAAACUUGAAUUUGGAAAAACAUUUUCAAUUCAUAGCUUGUAAGAAAGAGAAUUAUACAAACCCGUAUUGAUGUACAAGUUUUGUCAUGUUUGAUUACUUUACUGCACUACCAAAAAAGUGUCUAAAACUGUUUUUGUCACAUAUAUUUAUUAUUUUUUCCUCACAGUGUUUAAAAAUUCACCCCACUUAUCUGCCAAACCCAGUAAUCAUCCUUAUGCCUAUUGAGAGUCUGCAGUUUUAAAACAUUUUUCUUCAAAUGUGGUGAAUGCAUGCAGUAAAUGUAAUCUGCACAAUAUCCAGCAGAUGGCAGUUUCUGUCUGUCAUAAGUUUUCUUUACCUCUGACCACUUCUCCCAUUAAAAAUUAAACUUUCAUCAAACCAACCUUA